UUUCGGGUGCCCAAAACCUCCAAUUGGGCCUCACCAAGUUCAUCGCGAUUCUGUUCAACCACAACUGCAUCAAGGAAACCGUUAAAUCUGAUCAAAAAUCAGAAAACAGUCUCCCAGUGUAAGCUGCUUGAGUGGACUCAUCCAUUCAUAUUAAGAGCAAAAGUCUUAAGUACUCCUGAGGGGAGUUGCAUAGACGGAAAUCGGUGGGUGACCUGACUUUAUCAUGGAACCUGAGGAAUUUGGUUCUGAGGACAAGGGAAUAUUAAGCUGGGAUAUUAAUGAUAUAAAACUGCCACAGGAUGUGAAAAAGAUUGACUGGUUCCAAGAAUGGCCAGAUUCCUACGAGAAGUUCAUCUACAGCGCAGAGGACAGGAAUGCGCAGAGGCACCUGAGCAGCUGGGCCAUGCGCAACACCAACAACCACAACUCACGCAUCCUCAAGAAGUCCUGCCUGGGCGUGGUGGUGUGCAGCCGCAACUGCUCCACCAGCGAGGGCCGCAAGAUCUACCUGAGACCUGCCAUCUGUGACAAAGCGCGGCAGAAGCAGCAGAGGAAACGCUGCCCCAACUGCGACAGCCCUCUGAAGCUACUUGCUUGCCGAGGCCACGGGGGCUUCCCGGUUACCAACUUCUGGAGGCAUGAUGGACGCUUCAUAUUUUUCCAGUCAAAGGGAGAACAUGACCAUCCAAAACCUGAAACCAAGUUGGAAGCCGAGGCCAGAAGAACAAUGAAGAAGGUGCACACUCCUUCUUCCUCCAUCCUGAAGCUGAACAGGGGCCCAGAGGCAAAGUCUGUUCCAGCAGAAACACAGAGUUGGGGGAAUUUACCUUUGUCUUGGUCUUUCCAGGAAGGCAUCCAGUUGCCUCCUAGUGACAGUGGACAUUUAAUGGCUAAUGCUCCCCCGCAGAAGUCACCUAAUGAUGGUUUGUUUAAGAGUUACAGUUUGGGGGGAACCACUGACCUGGCAGAUCCCACUGCUUCCAUGUGCCCCGCUGAGCUCUAUGAGAAGUGCAAAGUGCCCAGCAGUCGGAUCUACAGCAGUGGAGACCUGCUUCAGCCUUCUGUCUCUGGAGUCCGCUCUGAUUACAGUGAUCUGCAGACAUGGAAUAAAAACGCCGCUUUGGGGAGGAAUCCUUUCAACGACAGCAGUUGCCCCAGUUACACUUUUCCUCAGACCAGCUGGUCUUACGACUUCCCCCCUCCCCAGAGUUCCUUAGAACCCCUUCCCCAGCAGAUUCCAGUGGAGCCCCCUGCAGCCAAAACUAGCUCUCAUCCGUCAUGGCCCAAUCCAGGGCCUGAUCCUUAUGAAGAGAAAGUGCACGUGGAUCUUAACAGCUACUACCCUUCCACCACGGGCCACUCGCCCCAGGAAGACCCCUUUCUCUUUACCUAUACCUCUUACCCGCACCAUCAGUACUCGCUGCCGGGCAAGAGCAGCAAGUGGAAUUUUGAUGAAGACAUGAGGUACAUGGGUUUGGAGCACUACAACAAUGAGAUGCUUCUGAAUCUCUGUCCCUUAAGAUGAUCUAGAUCUGAACCCUUGCGCAUCGUCAGUAGAAAUGUAAUUUGGUGCAGUCAUCAUGGAAAACAGCAUGGAGGUUUCUCAAAAAAUGAAAAGUAGAACUGCCAUAUGAUCCAGUAAUCCCACUUCUGGGUAUAUGUCUGAAGCAAACAGCAUCCCUAUGUCAAAGGGAUUGCCAGCACCCCCACAGCCGUUGCGCCAUUACUUACAAUAGCCCAGACAUGGAAACGUACCCACUAAUGGGAGAGUGGAUAAAGAAAUCAUCAUGUAUAUAGAUAAACGAUGGAACACUAUUUAGCCUUAAAAAAGAAGGAAUCCUGCCAUUUGUGACAGCAUGGAUGGACCAUGGAGGCAUUGUGCUGAAUGACAUAAAUCAGACAAAGAAAGAUUCACUUAUAUGUGGAAUCUGAAAAAGGAAACUCAAAUUCUAGAAUCGGAGAUCAGAUUUAUGGGAUCCAGAGGCAGACGGUGGGGGGUGGGGUAACUGGGCAAAUGUAAAUAUGUCUUCUGGAUAAAAGCCUAUAAUCAGAUAUAUGUUUUGCAAAUAUUGUUUCCCAGUUUUUGUAUCGUCUUUAUUCCAUGUCUACAGAGAUAUUCUCUUAUCUUUUCUUCUAGAAAUUUUUAUAUUUUCAGUUCUUACAUUUAGGUGCGUGUUCCCUUUCUAAUUAAUUUUUGUAUAUGGGGUGAGGUAACCAGGGUUAAGCUUCAUUUUAGUUGAAUAUAGAUAUUAGAUUAUUUUAGCAUCAUCUGUUGAAUCAAAGUUUUAUCAUAGUCUUUGGUGAAAUGAAUAUCUAGAAUUUCUGCUUUUAUGAAUUGUGUAUAGCUGGGCUAUUUGGUAUACUAUAAUUAUAUUUCCUUUUUUUAGACAACAGGUAGUUUCUCCUAGAGUUGAUAAUUGUCUCAUUGUGUUGCUUACUUUCCUGUGUAAACAACAAUAGGCUAUCCUCAAACACUGUCUAAGCAGUAAAAGUCCUUUUCUUUAUAGUAACUCAUAUUUUUCUUACAGUACUGCUCUACUGUCUUCUAGCUACCAGCAUUACUGUUGAGAAGUCUGAAUGUCAUUUUGUUUUCUAGUCCUAUAACUAUGGCUUACUCUUUCUUUUUAGGUGCUUUUAGGAUCUUUUCAUUACUCUGGUUAAUUGAAAUAUCAUGAUAAUGAGUGUUGGUAUGGUUUUUUUUAUUUUUUAUUCAUUGUACAAGACAUUUCUUCAUACUUUUUACCUGAUCAUACAGAUCUUUCAGUUCUGAGAGAUGCUUUCAUUUGUUUAUUUUUUAAAAAAAUAAUUGUCACUGUGAACAUGGCUAUGGCACUGGGGCCUUGAGGUGGCAUCUUCUGGUCCCUGCACACCAGCCUCGAUCUGCUCUUGGUGCAAAACUCACAGAGAAACAUAAAUGCAUAACAACAUAAAGAGGUACUGGAACAGCAGGAAUCAUCGAUCCUGUACCAGAAACUUCAGGAGAUGUUGUCUACUGCAGUCUGCCUGGAGUUAGGACACACUUGAACAAACAAGACAAAUUUGGUGCUCUGGAAAGUGUGAAAGCUGCUAGUGAACUCCAUCCUCCUCUAUCGGAGAGAUAACUGAGAUUCAUGAAGCUCUUGCAGUAAAACCAGGACUUAUCAACAAAUCUUGUUGUGACGCUGGUUAAUGACCAAGAUGACCCUGAGUGACCUGCAGAACUGGAUGCUCAGAGGAGUGAAGAAGCACAUGAGAAAUACAUGAAAUCUACCGAGGAGUGGAAAUGGAACCCCGCCAAAUAAAGUGGUACGAAACAACUUAAUCUCGCAUAGUGUUUUUCAGUUAGUGGGGGAGAGAAGAUUUAAAAUAGCGACUUUUAGCAGUACCAGUGGAAAAAGAAACUAAUUAGAACCAUGCUACUGGGAGAAAAUAGUUCUUAACUUUCUAGUGAUGGCAGAUGAACACAAUAUACAUCUUUUUCCCAAUACCCUAUAAUUUUUAGGCUAGGCUACAGUUAUAAUAUUCAGAAUUCUUGAAAUUAUCUUUGGUAUCAACUAGUUAUAAGAUUAUAUAAUUCAAGGAUAAUAUUGUCAUAAGGCUUAUAUAAUGUAACUUGCUUACAUCCAUCUCUGGAUUUGGGUCAAAAUAUUUAAUAAUCUUUUCCAUUGGAGAUAACUGGCAGUGGAGACGUCUGUAUUUGUUGAACAAUGUCAGGUGACAAACAAUACUACCUUAGUUUUGUAAUACGCUGUGUUUGCUGAUGCUAUUUUUAUACAGUGAAGCAAUGGCCUUGUAGGAAAAUAAGUAAUAGUCUAAUAAAAUAUUAAACU